CUGUGGACAAGCCGUGGUUAAAAAUACAGUCAAUCUUUAUUAUCAUGGAUGAAGCACAUAUAAAUAGGCCUCUAAUUGAAGUACACUGUAUGUUUUAAAAAGACAAAGACGUAAUAUUGAGCUCAUCAUACCAAAUCUUUAGGUCAUCGAGACCUGAACAUUGUUUUUAAACAAAGUCCCACUAAAGAUACCCAACCAUGCACAAAAUGCAGAUAAAAGGAUUACAGCAUUUUUCCUAUUUGACAACAAACAAAAAAUGCAAAGGCACCAUAAGGCACUCAGCAACCUUUGAAUUGACUCCCAAAACAAGAUAAGAUCGAUUAAACCAUUAAAUCGAGGUAAGACAGAUUAAACCUGAAAUCAGGCAAAUGAACGGUACGACAGGGAAUUCAUCUGCAGGUCUGCACCCAGAAACAGUCGCUUAUCUUGUAUUUGGAUACCCAGUGAGUGUAGCGGCGAUAAUACUUAAUAUACUGGAAAUUUACAUAAUCCGCAAGAAAUGGCGAAAGAUAACAGACUUCGAACUGAUCCUCUUCAAUCUGGCUACAGCAGAUUGCAUGACUGGUAUCGUCUUCCUUUCUUUGAUUGGAACAGAGACAUAUUUGAUUCAUAACAAUGUACAAGUUCGCAAUGAAAUUAUAGCGGCAAUCUAUUUACUAAUUGUUGUGUCGGUGAUCGUGUCAGUGAAUUUCGUAAUACUAAUUGGAAUCGAGCGUCUAUUUGCCGUUAAGUUGCCAAUACAGCACCGUAUGUUCCAUAUUAAACGACGUCGAGUGUACAUCGCUGUAGCAUUGAUCUGGCUUGUCACUAUCCUGGCAUGUGCUCUUGCAAUAACUUUGGAUCAAGUGAUCAAUAACACGGUUAUAGAAACUUAUGGCUCAACACAUCUGGGCUACACUUGUGGAACUAUAUUGUCAUUGCAGUCACUUAUCGUUCUUCUUCUAUACUCCUGUUUAUCCGUUUAUGUUUUGAAACGGCAAUCCAGAUUCAACAAAAUUGGUGAAGCACAUUCCGCAAGAAGAGAUCUGGCAACAAGUUUGAAAAAAGAACGAGUCACUCUGAUUAUUUGCUUCCUGAUUGUCGCGUCAUUUCUCGCUUGCACGACACCGUUCUCAAUUCGUAUGUACCAGGAACAGCCAGAGGAAAUCGAGCGCAUUCUGCUGUUGUCAAACUCAGUGAUAAACCCACUUAUUUAUUUUUUCAUGGGACUCGUAGAGAAAUAUUAUCGCAGGAGAAGAAUUGCUGAUAUCAAUUUUAAAGCCAAUAACGAAAUGGAAAGAGUGUGAAGUCAACCUGUUCGUGAAGUUGCUGAUAAAACAGCAUUUGUAGAUGCGAUAGCAGAAUGAAGAGGCACAUAGUUUAAAAUCUAAAUACGACUUACGGCCUCGUUUUGGACUUCAUCACUCCAAACUUUAUUGUAUGACUUUGUUGUGCCCAGAUUCAGUUUUAUAACCAUACUUUUCGACCAGAUUCAACUCUCAUGUAAUUUGUGCCGUUUGACCGCAAAAAUCGUUCUGAGUGAAACUUAAACCCCCUUAGUCGCCAAUCACGGUCAAAUCCCUUAUAAAAUUGUUAUCUUUAUGUCGUCAUAAAGGCAAUAUCGGGAGCAAUAACAUAAUGAAAACUUCAAAGUAGCCUUAAAUUCAUGCUUUUAAUCUGAGUAUGUGGUCAACAACAACAGAAUUUGAAGAAUUUUUCAAAUUGAGGCUGUAAGUUGAAUUGAUGUGAGCCAUUCAUGAUGUGAACCAGAAACUGGACUAGACCAGUCAUUUGAAUACACAACACAAUACCUGAAUUCUUUCACUCGCUGGCUGACAGUAAAAGCGCUGUAUACCUUCCAGGAUUCAGUGCUAUAUUAUAUUGGGAAAAGGGACUGCAACAAACUUUUGCAGUUGAAUUUUGCUGAUGGUACACAAGAUGGGUCUUAGAAGGCUUUAUCACAGGAUGAGAUCCUACUAUCACAGGGUUUCCCACUACUUCCGGCAGGAUCAGUUUUGUAAUUUGUUUAAAUUACGAGAAAAUGUUGGGGGAGGGGACAUAUUUUGGCGUCAUAUUUUUUGUCAUGUAACCCUAUGGUUUUGAAACUUCCUUUGCGUAACCAAAAGUUAAUCAUGGACAUUUGCUAGGAGUAAAAUUGAAGUUCCUUUUUGGUAGAAGAAUGUUUUGUAAAAGUAAAAUGGGUGCAGCCUUAAAAAUUUAUUUUGUCCACCCCCUCCCCCCAGAUCUUAGUGGCUGGCACUGCCCCUGAUAUUUUGGAUUUAUUUAGAUUUAUUAUUUGUUUUUUAAAGGGUUAACUUAUUACUGGUUAAUGAGUCAAUGUUUAUGAAAACUACCGUCUUUCAAAUGAUUAUGCUAUAAAUACAGAAUAUUGCCUCUAAGAUCUGUUUUGUGAGGUCUGAUAAUACAUAUUCGAAGUUUGAACUUAGAUAAAAAAAAUAUGAUUACCUUUCAA